AACAUAAAAUUGUGGUCAUGAACGUCGUUGUUCCCCGAUAACUACACGCCAGUGCUGUCUCUCCCUCUCUUCUCUUCAAACUUUACACUGUCGCAGUUUCUCUCAUGGCGACUUCUUUCGCGCCAUUCUCGAUUUCAGGUGGAUCUCAUCUUAAGCCACCUGAGUUGUGGUUAACCAAACAUAAUUCAUCUGGAGUUGGACCUAAGUUGACUUUUCAAAGGAAAUCAAACCAUGUCAGCAGGAGGAACCGCAGCUCAUCGAUUCGGGCAGAAUACGGUUCCUUUUAUCCACAGUAUCCUUUGUGCAGUGAUAGUAAAGGAGGUGGAGGUGGGGAUUUUGUUGCUGGCUUUCUUCUGGGUGGUGCUGUUUUUGGAACUCUAGCUUACGUCUUUGCUCCCCAGAUCAGAAGGUCUCUGCUAAAUGAAGAUGAAUAUGGAUUCCGCAAGGCCAAGAGACCAAUAUAUUAUGACGAAGGACUAGAGAGGACCAGGGAGACUUUGAACGAAAAGAUAAGCCAACUAAAUUCGGCCAUUGAUAAUGUAUCUUCACGUUUGAGGGGUAACAAUAACGCGCCUGCUGCACAGAUAGAAAAUGAUCCUGAAGUGGAAGCUACCAUGUAAGGCACAUCCAAUUUGAUUCUGACUCCAGCCAUGAAGUAGCGAAAUAUAAUGAAAUGAUAAUUGGAUUUUUUUUCACGGUUUGAAGGGUAAAAGUCUUGGGUGUUGGACUAAUAUAGUGAGAAUGGUGUCAAGUUAUUACUUUUUUUUUCUUCAAUGGAUAUUUUUGUCCUGUGCAUGAUAGUAUGAUGCCGUUUGGAUUCUGGUGCAUUUUAUCCCAUACGUGCUGGAAUGAAUACUGAUUUCUUAGACAACCAAA